CAUUUCCCCAGGUUACACCCACAUGCUGACCCACCGGAGUGCACACGGCACCUACCACAUCAGCAACGGACACCUGGGAAGCACCUGGCUCACGAGCUACGUGUUCCGGGUCUUUGCCCUGGCCUACUCUAUCAUGACAACCAGCACGUUUGAUCUGCAUUCUCUCUGUGCCACUGCCAACUGGAUCAUCGCCAAGAGGCAGGCAGAGGAUGGGCACUUCUUGGAGAAUGGCCCUGUGAUCAUGGCAUUGAUGCAGAAUUUGCCUGCCAGCAUGGAGUGAGCCCGUAGCUUUCUGGAGGAACGCCUUCUCAAAAUUAAUACAACCUUUGCCAUAGCCAUAGUCUCCUAUGCUCUGGCCCUCACCAAUAACCCCCGAGCCAAUGACCGCCUGGACAGCUUUGCCAGCCAUGUUCUCUGCCCAGGAUGACCUAGAGAUCAAAUCCAGUGGCAGUGGGAGAGGCACAAUCUCGAUCCUGACCAUGUACCACAGGUUCCCAGAGUCUGGGGAGGGCACCUGCAACCUGUACCACCUGAAUGUGACUCUCCAUAGUACCUUGGAAGAUAAUAAAAAGGGGGAAGAGACCUUCCGGCUCUGGAUAGAGACAAGGUUCCAGGGAAAUCGAGAGGCCACAAUGAGCAUCAUAGAGGUCUCCCUGCUCACCAGCUUCUACCCCAACCAGAAUGACCUCAAACAGCUUACGAGUGAUGUGGAGAUGUAUGCCUUCCAGUAUGAGACCAAGAUGAAUUCCAGUGACAACACUGUUGUCCUCUACCUGGAGAAGCUCUCCCACAAGGAAGACACAGUGCUGGGCUUCCGGGUCCACAGGAUGCUGCAGGUGGAGUUCCUGCAGGCCGCUCAGGUCACCAUGUAGGACUACUAUGAGCCUUCCCGGAGGUGCAGCUCCUUCUACAACCUGCCCACAGAGCAGUCUUCUCUGCGGAAGAUCUGUCACAAAGAUGUCUGCAGGUGUGCGGAGGAACAGUGCCCAUCUCCGAGGAAGGACAGCACCCGCCUGAGGCAGGAGGACCUCCAGGCAGCAGCCUGUGAGACAGGCGUGGACUUCGUGUACAAGGUCAGGCUGAAGUCUGUGAAGUCCUCCACCUCCAGUCCCUACAUCUAUUACAACAUGAAACUCGAGGACAUCAUCAAGAGGGGUA